AUGGAGGCCAUGGAGCCGCGGAGCCCGGUGCAGCUAGCCGCGUCAGAGAUUCACGGGUUUCGCACGACGGCAGGUAAGAUCGGAUGGGAGGGGGUGGGGGGGUUUCCUCUCGGCAGUCUACUGAAUCUCGCAGCUGUCUUGGAUGCCGGGACUUGGUUCUGGGGGGAUAAUUGGGCCUACUACAGGGGGUGAUAAUUUAUUGAGCUGAUUGACGAUUUCUGCUCUUUUAUGUUCCUGUGCUUGAGAAUCCAAUGGGGAUUGUAUUCCGCAGUGCUUUGCUCGUGGUCUAAUAAUAGCUCAUUGCGCCUAGCACGUCUUCUCUGGUUCUUGGGCUGGGACGAGCCUCUUAAUCACUUUUAUGGCAAACUUCUGGAGUUCCCUUAGUGUUUGGAGUAUACAAUUUUAGUUGAACCAUGCUCCUCAUCACUCUCCGAUUUUUGCUCGGUUCAGAUUUGUAUUAUCUAAAAGGGCAGCUUGAAGAAAUCCGUACCCAAGUUGUGUUUUCAGAACUGUAUCGUGAAUUUGGAUCUGACCAAAUGUUUAUCAGCGGGUACACCGUGCAUGCUAAUCUAACAUGGCAUGCCUCAAAAAAUUGGAUGGAAGCCCUGCUGCUGGAAGCUACUUCCAUUUUAUUUUUCUUAUCAUUGUGGUUUCAUCUAAGUAGGAACCUUCUCUUCUCAUGGGUCGAUGCCACUAGGAAUGACUUAAAUAAAUAUUGUAAUGGGACGUUUAACAAUGCUGCUAUUCUUAAUUAUUUUGAACUGGUUUAUCUUUUUGUCUGACAAACAGAUGAUGUUUGGAUUCGGUAUAACCGGAUCCAAGUUUCCUCAUCUUAAAAUUAAAUGAGUAUUUACGUGCAGAUUUGGAUAUUGGGAAGCUAUUGGAUGAUGCAUCAAAGAGAUGGCUUCGACCAAAUGAGAUUUAUGCAGUGUUAUCAAAUUACACCCUCUUGAAGAUUCAGCCUCAACCAGUUAUGAAUCCAGGAAGUAAAUGGGUUGAACUUCCAAUAUGAUUAUUAAUUAGCAUUUGAAAUGUUCAAUAAUUCAGUCCUGUGAUUGCUCGAAAGAAGUACCGCAGUUGAUAUCAAGUUUUCUCAAGUAUAAGUCCGUUUGAAUGCUAAAUUUUCUCUCAAUUUUGGUUAGGUUAAUGUCUAAGGUUUUCCAUGUUUUUACGUAAUCAAUACCUAAAGGCCAUCCCAUUAAUUGAAUCCCAAGGGACUCUUAAAAUAUAGAUUAAUCUAAAAGUGAAGUCAUUGUGGUCCUACAUCUCUCAUGACUACACAUGAAGAGAAGAUUAAUCGUGUAAGAAUCUGUUUUAUUCUGAUUAUAGUUCAAGUUAAUUAUUGGCAACCUAUAAACUUUCAUCAUGUUAAUGCCCUUUUUUAGAAAACAUGUUAUAUGUAUGCCCUACAAUGCUGAAGCAAUAUCAUUUUCUUUUUUCAUCUGGGUAAGUUUUGACUGAUUCAGAACCCAAUCCGAUUUCACAUAACAUGGAGUGAGAUAUUGCAGGGUUAUGUGUAGCAUUCUCCAAGGGGCACAAGUUGUCAUUUGGUUCUUGGAAGUGAUGCCAGUAUUCUUGGUAGUAGUAUUCUGCAGGUGCCUGAAGACAGGUAUUCAAGAUAUCAAAGCUGUCCAUUUCGAAGAAAUUAAAUGAGAUAUUCACGCAGUGGUCUUGACUGUGAAAGAAACAGAUGAUUCAAUUGCAAAUUCCAUUUCUUGUUAGACCUGAAUCUGUGUAACUUAAACUCCUUGAAGGCGAGUCAUGACACUAGACAAGAAAUGUUUUAUGGCAUUUGAAACUAACGUGAAUUUCAUCAUGAUCUGAGGAUUCAUAUUUUUCGAAGAAACCAUUUCCUGACAGUUACCAAUGAUUGAAUUUCUACAAGAUCUUUUUUAAUGAUAGUCACUUUUCUUUAGUAGUUGUCGGACGUAGUGGUAUACCUUUUUGGAGGAUGUUUUGACGUAACUAGGGCUUCCUUGAAAAUGAUAUAUCAGCUUGUAGGAAUCCAUUUUCAUUUCUGGUGUUUUCUUAUUCUCCUUAAGGCGAUUUGCAAACAUGAUGGAUCCUGUCAAGGUAGAUCCUGACAAGCUUCAUGCAAAGAAUAUAUGGAUGUUACAGUUAAGGUCUCCAUGAUGUGUAUGAAAGAGGUUCCUAAAAGGAUCUAACGUUAAGCAGAUGUAGAAACUUCUUCAUAGACCCCUUUUUUCUGACUAAUUUUAUCAAAUAAUUAUCGCAAGUAAUAGAAGGAAUGGAGUUGAAAAGAAAUAGUGUAGCCAAGUCCUAUAAGAUUUCUGCUCUAACAUGAAGAAGGAGAAGAAGGGAAAGAAGGAAAAGAAGAGAAGAUUCGCAGAAAGUUGCUUUAUUGAGUCAAUUUUAUGAAUUGAUGAGGCUUAGGCUGGUUGGUCAUAGAAGUUGUUCAUCUUGAAUCAACAAAAAAAAAAAGAAAAGAAAACUAAAGAAAAGAAAUACAAGGAAACGUGGUGAUAAGAUCAAAACAGAUGAAUUUAUGGGAUGGAGUGCAGGAAUUGUGAAGAUUUGGUCUUUGAAGUGCAGGGAUUUGCAUGGAUGUUCUUUGGGCUUUCCUGUCCAGGAGCCAGCAUUCUUGUGUUUUUGUGUCAUUAUCCCUCCUGGGUGAAGGAGAUGGCCCUCUACUACAAGUUUUUGUUUAAGGGAGUUGCUGAAGCCGUUGAAGUGUGCUUGGAUUGGUCAACAUGGACACAUCAUCAUCAUCAAAAACUGCUAUUCAUAUAUUUUUUUUGUUGUAAAGGGCUGAAGUGAGUCCCUUGAAUCUGCAAAACGACAUUGUAAUUUGUUGGUAGAUAUUUUCUGCCUGAAAUCGUAGUUGCAGGAUCCUUAUGAACAUCAGAAAUUUCAUGGUGCUUUGACUAUUCGUUUAAUACAUUGAUUUUCGUUUUGCAUCAUGAUUCCUUUUAUGAGUAAGUUGGAUGUCUGAUUUCGUCAGAGGGUUAUUGUUUAAACAGUAUCAAUUCAAAAUCAACUACUUUGGUGUUGUUUUAGGUGGCAGUCUUCUUUUGUUUGACCGCAAUAUGCUGAGGAAUUUCCGGAAAGAUGGACAUAAUUGGAGGAAAAAAAAGGAUGGGAAGACUGUUCAGGAAGCCCACGAAAAGUUAAAGGUCAGAUGUUUUCAUCAGUAUGAAAUUUUCCUCUUAACAUGGGUACAUCAACCAUCUACUCCAACCACUUGGAAUCACUCAAUCACAUAUAUUAAUUGUUAGAUACGCAUCUAAUCCAGGGUUUUUGGAUAGUAUUUUUCUUCCCUCAUCUAUCCCUCCUUAUUGUGGUCUGUAUUUUUUAUUUUCGCGAACUUGGUAUAGGCCCCACAUGAACUAAUGAAGUAGGUGCUCUUCCAAUGUUUUUCGCUAUCAGCGUCAUUCUUUUUUUCCGAGCAUCUCCCAUACUCCUAUCCUCAGCAAUGAAUGAAAUUGCUAUGAUUUGGGUAUAAUAUUUUUGGAAAGUGGAUUGUACGGUGAUAAGCUUUGUAUAGAAAGGAGGUACAGGUAUGUACAUUUGUAUAAACUAUUAGCUCUAAAAGAAAUUCCUACACAAAACAGGUGAAUACCAGGGAGCUGAAGAAAGAACUAUGUUUCCUAUGCUCUGGAAAUUCAUGAUUCACUCAUGCCCACUCUUUCAGCCUGUUGGAAAGAGAGACAACUUCACAAUUGAACAAUGCAUGUGUUGAAUAUAUGAUUGGUCUUUUUGUUCGUAGUCUCUCAGAUAGUCAAGUGAAAGAUGAUCCACCAUACACAAGCAUUCAAUUCUGCUCUCAUCUUCGCCAUAUUUCCUUCAUAAAUGUUAGAGGUUGCCAACUAAAAUACAGAUGCUUGUGACAAAGAGGAUAAGUCACAAUAAAUAUUUGAAUAUAGGCACAAGGAAAAACCAAUAGGCCAAAAAGUAUGAUUCUUGCUCUUCUCUUACUGUCGAGAUUCUGACCAAACAAUAUAUAGCUGACUCAAUAGAGAGCCCUUGCCAGACCUGAUAUAGGAGCAAACUUUCACAUCAUCGUUCUUUGCAAGUGAUGCCCUUUAACCAUAGCCCGAAAAAAUUUCGUCAACACCCAACACUACAUCCUUAGCCUGUAUAAUGUAAAGUCAUAGGUCUGAAGGUCGUCCAUUUCUGUGGUACUAUUGAGUAAUCACAUGCUAUAUACUUGCUUCUUCUGUCCUCAGUUUCUUCAAACAUUUUCAAUGCGAUGGAAGAUAGAAGACCCUAAUAUUUAUAAUACGAAAACCUCCAUUCUCUUUCAUUUUGCAUGCUCUCUCCCAAUUAAUAUCCUGUUAACCUCUGCAUCCAAUAUUUCAAGCAUGAAAAAAAUUAGCCAUAUGGUUUUUGGGGAUAUAAUGUAAUGAUACAUAGUAGCCAGACUCGCUGGGAAGGAUGAUCUUACAUAGCAUUUGCCACACAUUUCUAUCCUCUCAGUCUACAGAUCUGGUAUAAUUUCUACUAAACCCUGUGAAUAAUGUCAUCUUUAGAGAGAGUUUACCCCAGAUAAAAACUAGACAGACUUCCCAAUGUUGUAUCCAAUAAACAAGGCAGCUCCUUUGCUCCACUAUUGCUCAUGUUCAGACCUACUGCCGAGCUCUUCUCGUAAUUAGAGUGACUUCAGCAAGGAACUUUAACAUGGAGCUGGUAGUACUGCCCUCUUCAUAUGAAAGAAAAGAAUAGAAACGUAUCCAAGAUGAGAAACUUGGAGUCUGUAAUGGUGUGUUUGGAACCCAAUUGUCUGAUAUUGAAGAUAAACUGGACCUGCAGAAUUUAAGAAGACAAUAUAUCGAAUGAAUUUUUCGAGAAGGAAUGAAUACUAGCCUUAUAAGGCCCAGUACUCUGGAGUUUAGAGAAGCAACUUUAUUAUGGACGCAUUCAAGUCCCAGGGACAGAUGGUUUCUAUAGGAUUCUAGUCCAGUUGUUAAUCGCAUACCUUAGAGGGCUGAAUAUGUUUCGAUGUACAGUCUCAUCAGUCUCCAAAAUGCUUGUUCUGAAAAUGAUCAGAUGCUGAUCAACAGGUGAAAGUGUGGUCUGCAUAAACUUGUUGCUGAUCAAUCAGCUUUCACGGGUGUUGAUUAUUUUUUGGCUACAUCAGAUGCUUCUUAAAAGAUUAUGAGAGGAUGAACUGGGAUUGUAUGAACGGCAAAAUUUAUUACAUUUCUACAAAAGUAAAUCAACUUUGACGCUCUCUUUGGUUAGAUUAUGUGGUAUCUUUUCUGCCUAUAUUUGGUUUUUGGCUUGUUAGAAAUUUGUGUCCAGGGAGACGCUUAGACAAUUAACCAUUGUAUUCAAAGGUGAGCUUGCAUACAAUUCAAAUACUCUUUUGGAAAAUGAUUAAUUACAUUGUUGGGUAGAUUUUUUCUACCUGUAAGCUUAAGAUUUUUUUUUGAUAGACAAACUUUCUAUCUGUAAGCUAGAGCACAUGUAUGCAUAACAUUUUAAUGAUGAUAUAAAUACUAUUUAAAAUUCAUUUUUCUUUAUAGAAGUCCAUUUAGCUUGUUCUCAGACAAUCUCCAUUGAAAAUAGAAGCUCCUAGUGACCUUCAACUUUUCAAAAUUCAUUAUUUUGAAUGAAAUUAUAUUUAGCUUGUUGUCAGACAUUCUCCACUGAAAAAUAAGUUAUUAGUUCUCUGUUUGUCUUGAUAGUUCAUUCUCUUUUAUGAAAGUAUAUCUAGCUUUUUGACAAACAAUUUCUACUCAUGGAUUUUAAUAGUUCUCUGUGCAAGAUGAUUUGUCCUCCAUUUGUUUCCUUUUGUUGCAAAACGAGGGAACUUCCACUUACUAACAUUGUUUCGAAAUAAUGGCAAUAAGACGAUACUUCUGAUGCGAAAGGAUUUAGCCUAUGUUGACUGUGUUAUAUAUUAAGGAAAUAUUUAUUAUUAUCAGGCAUGACUUACGCAGGUAACAUUCUGUCUUAAAUAAUUAAUAUAUUUUUGGUCGACUGAUGUCCCCUCUUUAUUUUAUUGACGAAAGUGAGAUGAUAUUAUCUAUAUUUUUAUUGUGUUACAGAUUGGUACGGAUGAAAGAAUUCAUGUGUACUAUGCACGUGGUGAGGAUUAUCCAAACUUUUACCGUAGGUGUUAUUGGCUACUUGAGAGGUAUGAACCACUUCAUAUCAUAUCACGGGAUAUGUUGAGCUUCUAUUUUAUUGUUUCUCUUGGGUGCUAAAUCUUUUUGUACGAUCUAUCCUAAUAGCUUUUAUUUUUAGAGAUUAUUAUUUAUAAUAUUCAUUCAUUAAUGUGAUACUAUUUGUUGUUUGUCCAUGCCUGUCUUAUCCUUGGUGUUUGGAAAUAUGGCAAGAACCAGAAUUUUGUUUCUUGUCUACAGCAUCCCAUCUCAUCUCUGCGGGUCAUUUUAAGAACUGGAAAAUCAUAACCUAAUGGCAAAUCAUAAUCAUUUUUUUGAUUGGGUGCCAGAACCGGAUGCCAACCCGUGUCCAUAACAUUGCAGAUAAUCAACCAUUAGAUACGAUAUGAGAUAAUAUUUUUUUUUAAUAUAUCUAUUGUCUUCCAUAAAAUUGUGAGGAUGAAUGAAACCAUUCUGGAAAAAUGUAUUGAAUUAGCGACAUUACGGUAAUUUACAGAGUUAAAAUGGAGUUGGUAGAUAAAAGCUAAAUCAUAUGUAAGUUAAAUAAUAUGAAUGUGAAUGGUUGCAAGAAGAAGAGUCAUAAUUAUGCUGAUGCACGUAGCCACAUCUGAAAAAUGAACCUAAUAUCUUGUCAAACGCUCUAGCCACUUUGAGAUUGCUAUUGAAAGAAUGAAAUUGUUUUGAUCAAUGGGCAUCAAAUAUGAUGCCUAUUGAUGAAACUAAUUCGCAGUAAAAGAGUGGCCAUGAUCUUUAAUACUAAAUUCUGAAUGUAAAUCUUGAAGCACAGGCUAAUGGAAAUGUCCUUGAUGAAUCUGCAUCUAUACGAUGUCUAAUGAUGAUAUCCUUGAUCUCCUAUAAAUUGAAAUACGUUUUCUCUUUCUUGUCUAGUUGAAGCCUCUUAUGCAUAAAACUUCAACUAGUUUGUGAACUAUCACCAUUAUUAGGUUUGUGGUAUUGUUCCCCUUGUACACAAAUUGAACUAUCUCACUACAUGCUACAUCUUUACUUUACCAUUGUGCUAACAUUGCUUGUAAUAGUCUAUGUCAAUUGAAUUUUACUUACCAUUUGAAAUAUAAUCAUCUUUGAGCCAAAGCUACUAAAACAUGGGUUGAAAUAGUGACUCUGACGCAAUAGGAAUUGUUGGAAUCGUGAUGCACUGUGUAGGGGAAUUCACACCAUGGUGAUAGUCAGCAUAGAAAUUUGUAGCUGUUAAGAUUUCUAGGUCAUGAUGCGUCGUGUAUGGGAACUCACACCGUGAUGAUGGUCAUCACUGGAACUUGUAGCCUGAUGGUAUAUUGGAAAAGAUUAUGCAGGGUUCUCUCCCUAUUGAAGGGGUGAUAAAUGUCAAUGAAAAGUGAGGUGGUUUCCUGCUCCUCCCCAAUAGACGGAGGAAAUCUCCUCCACACUGUCCAUUUCCCUCUCUUCGUUUCAACAGGAACAAUUAAUUGCAAUUGUGAGAAGAUCCCAUUUUGAUCAGUUCUAGACAGUUCUAAUGUCUGGGCGGCAGUAGCUACAGGAGGAAAAGGAAUUGACAGCCAUUUUCAGUUUCACUCUAUUGAAUAUUUGCUGUCUGAUAUGUUCACUCUUGCAGAGGAUUGGUAAUGCAGAAUGGGUCCAGUCUCGAAAUUUUCUGAUAAUAUCCUGGUUCUGUAUGUUAUGGACGCAGUAUAAACGGCUUGUGUUAAACUUUAAUAUUUUUUUUCUGGGUUUAUGGUGGAUCUGUGCUUAAUUUGUUCUCUGUUUGCAUUGACCUUUUUGUUUUUCUAAUAAAUGCAGUAAAAAUCUUCAAGUAUGGAACUAGCACAACCGUCGAUGUACAUUAGGUUUAACUGGUGAUAUGUUGACUACAUACAUCAUGGAUGCAUAAUUAGAUCUUUAAAUAUUUAAAAUUUAUUGCCUUCUGAGCAAUUGAUUUUAAUGCUAUGCUAUUUUCUUAUCUACUGAUUACUGGUGCUUCCCUCAUUAAAAAAAAAACUUAAUUUACUUUGCAUACCUUUUCAUCAAUCUAUUUGUUAAGAAUCCUUGAAAGAGAAACAACACAACCCUAAUCGAUGGACCCUAGUAUUUUUACUAGGGUCCUAACGUACAUAAGUGGGCUGCUUCAGCCCAAACUGCUAUAUGGGGUUACCCAGCCCAUACUAGACAAUAACAUAACUCUAACACUAUUAAAUAAAGUUGGAGGACCGCCUUACCAGUUUAGAUAUUUGCCUCAAUCCUGCCCAUGAGAACUAUCACUGCUAUAUAUCUCGUCUAUUCAGAUUCAGUGAAUGUAUACUAGUAUAUUCUGUUUUGCUAUCUUGAAGAUAAACACGUGUGAUGCAAUGUAAAAGUUCAGAAGAAUAAACUUGAAUUUUCUAAUAUUUUGCGUAACCACUAGUUAUAUAACUUCCAUUUAUUGACUCUCCAGGAGCCUUGAGCGGAUUGUCCUGGUACACUAUCGCCAGACAUCAGAGGUUUGCUUCCUUUUUCUUUUUCUAAUAUCAAAUGGCUGUCUUGGCAAAUUUACAUUCUGUGCCUCUCACUUCCAUUUGUCUCUGUAGUUCAUAGCAUUUUUUUCCAUUAUAACGUUUUUUAGACAUUCUAUCCUUUCUUCAGAUUCGGUUUUCCCCUUAUUUUGAUAAGAAAUGCACAUGUUUUCUCAGAAAAAAUUGAUAAUGUUUUUAAUUCUGACCAUCUCAAUAUUGUCGAAACGUUUAAAUACGUGAUUGGAAAAUGUUUGCCUUCCUCCGUUUACUUUUCCUUGUCAAUCGUUUAUUUGUAUCCAGAAAGAAACUGUGUAAUUGUAUCAUUCUGGUGCAGUGACUAGAGUGAAAAGUGUAGUUCUGGCUGGUGAUUUGAAUAUCUUGGAUAGUGAUGAACCUACCAAGAUUGUAAAUAAUCUCCUUAAAGUAUAAGCCCAUAUAGUUCAAACACAGAUGUAUCUCAACACUGACUCAGAAGUUUCUAUCUCAAUCCUAGAUCUCCUGCUAGUGUUUUAAAGUUAUGGCUUGAGGUUUUAGACUUCCACCUUUGAAUUUGUUUUUUCUUGUGACUGCCUUCUUUUAUCUAUUAAAUGUUUGGGAUGUAGGAUUAUCGUUGGGGUGGGCUAUCAUUUGGGAUGUUGAUCUUGGCUGCCGUUAGAUUGUUAUAAUUGGUUAGUUUUUUUGAUCUGUCGGCCUAAAAUCUUCUAUAUUUUGUUUCAGAAGAAAUUCCUUAAUUAAGACAUUGGCCUAAAAUCUUCUACAUUUUGAGCAUCCACAUGCUCAGUUUGAAUAUCUUUGAUGUCAUACAUUUGUUACUUGCAUUCCCCAUGAGGAGACUUGGUGCUUGAAGUACAAAGGACACGGUUUAUUUUUGUAUUUUCUUUUGGCAUGUUAUCUUAGGUUCAAACAUAUCCAGCACUCCAGUGAAACGAGAAAUGAUCUCAAUUAUGACGUAAUAGGUAUAGCGCUUUUCUGUAAUUUCAACAGAUUCAGUUGGGAGAUACUCGGCUUCACAAUUCGUACUAUUUUGAAUCAGAGAAACUUGUUGACUGUUGCUUCCACAAUGUAUCAUCCCUAUUUGAGAAAUAUUUCAUGCAAUUUCUUUUUUUUUCAUGCAUAUCAUUUUGAUAUACCUUAAUUUGGGAUACGUCACGUGAGAUCUAAUGUGUAUGGUGUCUUGAGCUAUGUACAUAACUUGUAAAUGAGACGCCUGAUUCACGAGGUUGACUUCAAUUCUACAAUAGAGACAGCUCAUGCUUUUAUUGUCUUUCAUUUCCUAUUGUAUUUCUCACAACAGCAAAGAAUGGUUUUAUUGUUUGUCAACUAAAAUUGUACCGUGUUUAUUUACUUUUUGAUGCACCAGGAUAAUGCAAAUCAGCAGCUUUCUGCUGGAGUAGAGUUUAAGGAAAAAAAUUCAUUGGCAAAUUCGUUGCAUGCUUCUCCAUUGACGCCUCUGGAUUCCACUUCUGGUUCCAACCACAUUGAGACGUCUGGAUCUUUGGUAUUUUCUGACGAAAUUAACUCAACAAAAGAUUGUGCAACCAUCACUGGUAAUGUUCCAGACACAUGCCACUUCUAAUCUGUUGUUCUUUUCAAUUUAUACAUAAACAUGAUAGUGUAAAUGGUUGAUCUGAUGUUUUAUCUCUGCUAGCUGUCUUAUUUUGUUUUCCUUCUUUUUUAGCAGAUAUUUUCAACUAACAAACCUUUGUACAAUUCUUCAUUAACGGUUUUCUUUUACCGCGUACUUUAAAUUAAAAAAGUAGAGAAAAUUUCAAUAGGUCCACUUUCUAGUCUGUCAUGGUUUCAUGAGGUACAUUUUGACAAUGAAUCGCUUUCCUACUAUUUUUUGUGUUCGUAUAUAACUAAGAGGUUUAUAAACCUCUGUUUUUAGUGUCUUCUUUGUUUUCAUCUUCCUGGUGUUUGAAUGGUAGAAGCAUAUUUUAACAGUGAACGAUUUUCCUGCUGUUUUCGGUAUUCAGAUAUGACAAAGAGGAAAAUAGACUUGUUUUAUAGUGUUUGAUAUGCUUUAAUCAAGAUUCAGUUGUUUUUCAUUCUCACUUUAUAUGAACUUUUCUGGUUUUUAUCGAUGGUACAGGUCAUGGCAUCUCAGCUGUUGAUAAGUUUACAGAACUGGAGAAUCCUGACUUAGCUAUUGAUAUGAUCAACAAAUUUGAUUGGGCAUCUCUUGUUGAGCCGCAACCUUCCGGUGAUCCCAAUGCAUUACCCUAUUAUGGAGAUGUAGAACAUGAACAAGCUUUUAGAAAUCAUGUGAGUAGCUAAAACAUUUUUAGCAGCAAGCAACUUUACCGCGGGGCUAUCAUUUAACUAUUCUUACUUUCUGAAUUCCUAUUUGCAUAUUUUUUCUUGUGCACUAUCAAAUUUCGAUAGUCUAUGGGUUGUCACAUAUUAUAUGCUAUUAAUUUUUCCAAACCCUUGCUUUCAUGUGGCCUGCCAUCUCUUCAUAUCUGAACAUUUUUUAAUUUAAGUUCUUUGUUUGUUUGUAUCAGACAGUGUUUGCUGUUGUGCUAGUUUUUUUUAUCCUUUGUUGUUUUUUGUCACUUCUCCUCAAGGAUAUAAAGGAAAUUUAUUUAGAUGACUUAAAAAUUCAUUAAAACAAAGUUAAAGGCCAUGCAUACCUUCAAGAUGGGUUGUACAAGCUCAAAUGUUUACUAGUGCAUUUUCAUGUAUUUGGGCAAUAUGUCUUAGUGACCCCUCUUUUUCCCUUAUUUCAUUUUCUUACCAGCUGACAUGUAUGAGCUUCUAGAUCCUAAUUAAAAUAUAUUUUCAGACUUCGAUCUCCUUUAUUAUUUAUGCUUAAUACUCAAACCCCCUCCAGAUCUAGUCUUUGUGGACUUCCCAAUCUUUGGCUGGUAUGCCCAUGGAGUGGGAAAUGAUCUUUGUGUCAAGCAAGGGGAUCUGCCCGGACCUAAUUAAUUCUUCGAUGAAUAUUUUUAUUACUUGAGUUAAACUAUAAGAGCACUUUGAGUGGGGACAUGUCCCCUGUAUCAAACAUGCAUCCUUCUUUUUCUCUAGACGUUAUUUUUUGUGGAGGAUCAAUCAUGGAGAAGCAGAGAACACCAAUGAUUACUGUGCAAGAAGAAGCUAUCAAAGGAGUUUAGAGUGAUUUGGACUGCGAUCAGACCUUCACUAACCUCUCCAGGAGCGACCCACUAUCUAGUUAGAAAGAUAAAAGUGAUUCUAAUUAAAGUCCCAACUAGAAUGUUUACAUCAGAGAGAGAGAGAGAGAGUGAGGACUAAAAUACCUUUAUUCUAUCAGUCUUCUUUCUACACUACCUGUUAAACUGAGUAUAAAUGCUUUCAUGUUCAGAUUUGUCAACAAGGAUCCAAAAUUUUCUAUGAUCAGACUCUUAGUGAAAACAUCAGCCACUUAUGUCUUGAUCGGUUUUCUCGAAUGUAAUGUUGAUUUAUUUUUUUAUGAUCAUAUUGUGUUCAUAAUGUAGAUCAAUGAACCUGAAUCCAGCUCAUAUGUCUUGUUUUUCCGUCACUUGGAUGGCAGAGUUCUCGUGCUUUCACUCCUUAGCUAUUGCAAAGCUUAAACUUGCUUUUUAGCCUGUGAGAUAUGAAAUAAGUGUCCUCUAUGAUUGGUUUUACGUACAUGGUCAUGAACUAGGCAUUUGCAGUUUUUUUCCUUUAAAAUCGAGUAAUGCCUCUAGACAAGAAGGAAAAAUACGAAAUUUAUUUGAAUAAUCAGAAUUUAUGUGGCUCAGAACAUUUGAUUUUCUUUACAGGGUAAUCUUGAAGGCCUAGGUCAUGUCCAGCCAACCAGUAUGAGUACUUUCACCGGCUUGAAUGCUGUUGGCCAACCAGUUGGUGGUUGCUUGCAACCAGCAGAAGUUGAUCAGGAAACUGUGCAUAUGCAUGCAAUUCCUGACACUUGCGCAAAUGAAGCCUUGCAGUCUCAAAACAGUUUUACACAGUGGGACUACGUUGUUGAUGAUAUCCCUGGAUCAUUAAACAAUACAGAACCUGGUUGCCAAACUUCAGAUGAUCACGAAUUUAAAAAACUUUCCAUAGAGAAUGAACUUUACAGAUCGGAAGAAGUUUUCUCUAUUACAGAUAUCUCCCCAGCAUGGUCCUAUGCAGAUGAAGAAACCAAGGUUAGAUAUUUUAAGACUUUGAAGACUCUCGCUUAGUUUCUAUGUUUAAUGAGCCUACAUAAUAAUUAUCAAAGUGACAAUGGAGAGUCACUUUGGUGCUAGGAUGGAACUGAUAUUUAUUUGUUGAAAACUCUAUUUUCCUAAAUCCCUCUAAUAUAAUCCAUUUGAAACAGGUGGAUUUUUUUUGGAAUCAUGCCUUUAUUUCUGAUUUUUAGGCAUAAAAUCACUUAGUUUGAAAAUUUCAAGCCUGAGAUGUGAGAUUUAUUUCAGCCAGUUAUGAACCAGAUUAAGAUGUCUUAUUUCGAACCAGAGAUCAGUAAAGUGGCUAGCUACUUUAACACUGUCCCUAAAUGUUAAUAGUAAUGGAGAUCCCACCAACCGUACUUGACCUAACGUGAGAAGGAUCCUUGUUGGCGAGUUAAAGCUUUAUUCUUGGAGUACACCCGCAGGAGAAAAGUUUUACAGAUAUCAUCUAUAUACUCAUAAUUUUGGAACAGAUUCUGUCCAUAAUUUGAAUAACGUGAACAUAAUCAAUAUGAGGACUUAUGAGAAUUGAUGAUCGAAAUAACGUAAUACGGUUAACUUUGUGAUUGGUCUAUUAGUUACAUGCAUAUCUUCUCUUCACUAUGAGAAGCAUUUACUGAUAUUCCGUGUUUGUUGAGAGCUCACAUUUUAUAAAACCACUUACUGUUCUAAGGUGAUGAGAAGCAUGGACAUAGUUUCCGUAACAGCCUUCGAAGAUAUCUUUGUGUGGCAUCAUGCUUGUUAGUAUUGGCGUCUAACCUGAAAUCAUAGACUGUAUGACGUCUAUAAGAUUUUGGCCUGAGAGAAUGAUAGACUUUUGUGGGCGAUCUUGUUUUGUAGUAUCUCUGACAAUGCUAUACAGGACUCUAACCUGAAAUUCUCUUAGAUCUAUGACCCUGCACGGUUGUAUGUGUGAAUCUUUUAGGAUGAGAUUUUUCUGCCUUUCUGCGAACUGGGUGAAGUGGACCAUUAUUCCAUUCGCCUACUCAAAAAGUAGAUAGUCUUGAUUCUUGGGAGAUAAAAAGAAGGAUUCUGCACUAGAUGUCGCAGGGGAAACUUUAAACUUUAUUUACUAUGAGUGAUAUCUACUACCCUAUUUUCAUAAAUUCAACUGGCAGAAAAAUCUCGGCAGUCGUCUUCAUUUUAAACAAGAGCAUUGACGAAAACAAUCCCUGAUCCUUGAUAUUUUGCUAAAUGUAGAUAAUGACAAUGCUUGUUAACUGCAGGUGAUUGUGGUUGGAUAUUUCCGUGAAUCCCACAAAAAUCUUGCAAAUUCGAAGAUGUUUGUGGUUUUUGGUGAUGCCUAUGUUCCUGCAGAAAUGAUCCAACUUGGAGUAUAUAGAUGCAGGGUACUACCACAUACUCGACCACCCGGAUUGAUAAAUUUUUAUCUGACCUUAGAUAAGCAGACGCCAGUUAGUCAAGUCAUGAAUUUUGAGGUUCGCCCUCCCACAAGUGCAUCGACGAAAGCUAUCUCUUUGCAAGAUGCUGACGACAGUGAGCCCAGCCAAAGAGAUCUUGAUGCUGUAAUAAGGCUUGUUCGAUUGCUUUUCUCCUCAUCAAACAACCUUUCCAUUCUGUCAAACGUGGUAUCAUCCAAUGCCCUGAAGGGAGCGAAAAGAUUUUUGUCAGCUACCUCUUCUUCACUGGAGAAAGAUUGGAUGCAUCUUCUCAAGUUAGUCAGAAAAAACGAUACUCCACUUCUGUCAAUAAACCAGCAGCUGUUCGAGUUGGUUUUGAAAAAUAAGCUGCAGGAAUGGCUUUCAACAAAACUAGCUGAGGGACGUAGAACAACUGAACUGGACAACCAAGGUUUAGGAGUUAUUCAUUUGUGUGCUAUAUUGGAUUAUACGUGGGCAGCUCAUCUGUUCAAGGCGUCUGGCCUAUCCAUAGACUUCCGUGACGUUUAUGGAUGGACUGCUCUACAUUGGGCCGCAUACUGUGGGAGGUAUAAGUUCUAUAUUCCCAAACUUGUUGAAUUUUUUGUUUCUGGGAAUGCACUAUCUUACUUCACACGCAAGGUUUUCCUAAAGAUUUUGAGAAGAUAUGAUUUUGAUAGCAUGGCAAUUGGCCAACUUAAAUUUUCCAGGUAGAACCUCAAUCUUAUUUUUGUAAAUCAUAACAACAUAUUGCGAUGCAAUAGCUAGCCAGCAUAUUUAUUAUUUAUUACCUAUCUCUCUCCUGAAAAUUAAUUUAUUUUUCUUCAUAGAUGUUACAAUUUUCUAAUAGAGCUUCAAUACUUGGUUUUGCUAUGUAGAGACUUGGUCCCAAGAUAGUCCUUCAUAGAUUGUUUUGGUGUUUCUGGAAUCGUUCCUUACAUUUUCAAUUUCCCCUUCUAAAUGAUUGGUAACUGGCUCUUGUUCGUGGGGGGGAAUUAUUAAGUGAAUAUUCUGGAUAAUUUAUGCUCUGUUGGCCUCCUAUCACCUUCAUGUCUCAUAGAUGAAGGCAUAAGGACAAUUCCGUGGCGCCUUCUUAAAAUGAAUGAUUUCAUAUAUUUUCAUGUAGCAUCCUAAGAAAAUGAAUAAAAGCAUAAAAUGGCCAGUCUGCUUUCCCAUUGCUCUAUUAAUUCUCCAUCUCACUCUUUAUAUGUUACUUAUUUAAGAGGAGAGAAAAUCCGUGUCACAAACAUCUAUGUUUUAGUCUCACGCCGUUUCUUCCCAGUAAAGUUGCAAUUUCAUUCCGUGGCACCUUCUCAAAAUUCAUAUACGGACAUUCAAAAUGAAGGAUUUCAUAUAUUUCCAUGUUGCAUCCUGAUAAAAUGAAUAAAAGCAUAAAAUCUCCAGUCAACCUGCCUCUGAUUGCAACUUUAGUGGGAAGAAACGACGUGAGACUAAAAUAUUGAUGUUUGUGAUGCGGAUUUUCUCUCCUCUUAAAUAAGUAACACAUAAAGAGUGAGAUGGAGGAUUCAUAGAGCAAUGGGAAAGCAGACUGAUGUAGAGAUUAAUAAAGUGAUGUCUCCCUAAUUUAUUAUUAGAUUUUCAUUGGUACAUCAAAUGAAUUUUUGAUAAAAAAUUGUAAUUUAGAUGCCUUCUUGAUACCUCUAGCUGACCAUUUUUUUCGUUAACAGUAAGUUUCACAUAGUAUAGCUCUUUCAUUAUAUUGCUGAGACAACUAAAAAUCUCUGUGAACAACUGGUAAGUACUUCUACGAGAUAUCAAUUUAUUGGUCGGUGUUUCUUGUUAUCCUGGUUGGGUGCAAGAACACAAGUUUUCUUGAAUUGAGUGGCUCAAAAUGCCAAUUUUUGUAUCGCUGUUCCACCCCGUUGAGAGAGAAAUACCAGAAAGCGAAAACGUUUGAGCAGUCAUUUGGGGAAUAAUCGACGUAUUUGGAUCCUAUUGGAUAGCACCUAGUUCCCAGUUGAUUUUUUCUAUUUUUGAAGCAACAUUCUGGUCAUGAGUGAUGGUUCUAUUACUGACAUUAUUGUUGUUUCAUACUAAUACUUGAAUUUAGGGUGAAGAUGGUUGCGGCACUUUUAUCUUCAGGGGCAAACCCAAGCCUAGUUACAGACCCAACUCCUCAAUUUCCUGGAGGAUGCACUGCCGCUGAUUUGGCAUCAAACGAAGGAUAUGAAGGUCUGGGUGCAUAUCUGGCAGAAAAGGCGUUGAGUGCACAUUUCGAAGCUAUGAACUUGUCUGGUAAUGUGUCUAAUCCAUCAGCACGUGCUUCAAGUGAGACAGCGAAUCUUGAGAUCAUGGAAAGUGGGAGUAGUGAGCAAGAAGUGCUCUUGAAGUAUUCAUUGGCAGCAUAUUGCAAUGCCGCCGAUGCUGCCGACCGUAUCCAUGGUGCUCUCAGAGACCGCACCCUGAGAUUACAUGUGAAAGCUGCAGAAUUAUCAAACUCUGAGGCCAAUGCAGCUUACAUAAUUUCUGCUUUGAAGAUCCAAAAAGCAUAUCGCAACCACAACGGUCGGAAAAUGAUGAAAGCUGCAGCCCGUAUACAGGGCACCUUCCGCACAUGGCAGGCUCGAAAGAAUUUCCUCAACAUGCGUCGGCACACUAUUAGAAUUCAAGUGGGUCAUUUUUAUUUUUCUUUCUCCCAAUCGUUAUUUCCUAUUUUUCUACAACUACAAAUCAAAUGAAGCAAUUUAGUGGAUACCCACAUGUUCAAUGAAUGUUUAGAACAACAUAACCGUUAAUGAACUUGUUGUUUGUGUGCAAUUUAGGCCGCAUUCCGAGGUCUCCUUGUGAGGAGGCAAUACCGCCAGAUUAUCUGGUCGGUCGGUGUGUUGGAGAAAGCGGUCUUGCGGUGGCGCCUGAAGAGGAAAGGCCUGCGUGGGCUUCAGAUUGAAGCAGAUGAGGUUCCAGCUGCAGCUGGCGAGGAGAUGAAUGUCAUUGAGGAGGAUUUCUUCCGGGCCAGCCGAGAGCAGGCUGAAGAACGAGUCAACAGAUCAGUCGUGCGUGUCCAAGCCAUGUUUCGCUCGCAUCGCGCGCAGCAGGAGUACAGGAAAAUGAAGCUAGCUCAUGACCAGGCCCAGGUAUCUUUCUUCCUGGUGAAAUGUUCUUCAUCUCCUUCAAAUCUUCCCGAAAUUUCUCAAGUCCUGGGGUGGGGGGGGUGGGGGUAAGAACAGAACCCAUGUUCUCAAAAACAAUCUUGAAGGAAAAAAAGGUGAUCUUUAAAGAAAUUAUUUCCCUCUUGCUCAAUUUCUUUGGGAGAUUGUGGGAUAUUCUGGCUUUUUAAGGAUCAUCAUUGACGGUGGGAAUUCGGAUCUUGCAGUUGGAAUACGAUGAGUUUGCAAAUUAUGGUGAAAGCGGACAGGCCCCGGUAUGUUCUUCAUCGCCAUUAAUUCUGCUCUAG